AUGCUCAGCGAACCCAACGAUCCCUGGCUCAAGUGGCUGAGGAUAGCAGCCGGCAGCAUCAUCGGUCUCAUGUCAUUCACGGGCGGGAUGCUAUGGCUGUUCCAGUGCAAGCUCAUCUAUCCUGCCUCCAUGCCAGCCGACAGCCGGACAGACGUCUGGAAGCCUAGCAAGUUUGGCAUGGAUGAGUAUGACGAUAUGAUGCUCGACUCGCCGGACGGAGAGCAGCUGCAUUGCUAUGUCAUCCGUCAGAAAGAUGAUCAGCAAUCCCGCCCGACCGUUCUCAUGUACCACGCGAAUGCAGGCAACAUGGGUCAUCGACUGCCUAUCGCGUCUGUGUUUUACAAGAAGUUCAGGUGCAACGUCAUGCUGCUCUCCUACAGAGGGUACGGCAAGAGCACAGGCACGCCGCAGGAGAAAGGCAUGCGAUUAGACGCCCAGACCGCUCUGGACUAUAUUCUAUCAGAUCCAAAGCUAGAGAAGACGCCCAUCAUCCUCUAUGGUCAGAGCAUAGGCGGCGCGGUCGCAAUCGCUACCGCUGCCAAUAACGAGAGGCGACUGCAUGGACUGAUCGUCGAGAACACAUUUACAAGUCUCCCCGAGUUGGUUCCGAGUGUGAUGCCUGCAGCGAGGCCGUUCCUGUCCUUCCUCACGGAGAUCUGGCCAUCGUCCCGGGACAUCAAGACGUUCACGCAUCUGCCGAUCCUCUUCAUGGCCGGCGUCAAGGAUGAGCUGAUCCCCCAUGCACACAUGAAGGAACUCUAUGCGACCUGUGGCAGCGACGAGAAGUACUGGCACGAGUUGCCAGAUGGCACGCACAAUGAUACUUGUGUCAUGCCCGGCUACUUCGAGCGAGUAGCGCAGUUCAUCAAGGAAGCCGUCUUGCACCGUCGGACGCCUCUGCAACGGCAUACCAAGCCGGUUCGACAGGACACCUUUGCGCCCGAGCAAGUCAAAGGGGUCGAUAUCGCGCUGCAGAACCUCGGCGCGGAAGCGGGCAGUCGUGUACCGGGUAACAGCCAUCUCUAG